AUGGAUCGAUAUCCACUUCUGUCAGAGCACUUCUCGGUCGACUUGGAGGGAUCACUUGGUCGGCAUUCCAUUCUGGAGACGAAUAUUCUCUACCGCCAGCCUAUUGAGUUCCGAACUCCGCAGACGGAAGAGGAAUGGCUCAUUCCUAGUGAUGAUGUCAGCGUUGGCGGUGUAAUAGGAGAGGGUGCAUUCGGUCUGGUCUGUAAAGGCACAAUGAGCGGUCCAAAAGGGAUGGCGGUUCGGGUGGCGAUCAAACAGUUGAAGACGAACGCUAUCGAUGAAGAGCGCGAGGAAUUUUUACGCGAAAUGGACAUCAUGAAACAGGUUGGUCGUCACCCAAAUAUCGUGGCGAUGUAUGGGCUCUGUGAAGAGCCGGACUUUCAAUGUAUGGUGAUGGAAUAUGUACCCUUCGGCGAUCUCAAGCAUUACUUGCAGAACCUACGAAAGCAGGAGCAAACUUAG